UUCCCAAUGACACAUCCUCAUGUCUAAAAUCCAACAUGGCCGCGCAGUAGGACAAAUGCUAGCAAAACCUCCACUACAAAUGAAAAUAUAACGGACUAGUUUUACUCUCUUUGGGAUUUUAAGUGUAUUCCUAUGUCGCAAUGUGGCUGCCUCUUCAGACAGCGUGUUUAAGAAGCGGGUCAUUCUGCAGGAGAAGUUUCUCUGUUGCUCUUCUGAAGUGUUCAAGGCACAGGGGGCAGUCAGCUGGACUGGCAACACAAACAUGCAAGGCUCUACUAUACAGAAAACACGGAGACCCAUCUCAAGUGAUCCAGUUGGAAGACAUAGAUCUGCCCCCUUUAGGUACAAAGGAUGUCCUGGUUAAAAUUCUGGCAGCUCCGUUAAACCCAUCUGACAUCAACAUGAUUCAAGGUACUUACGCCAUCCUCCCUGACCUCCCAGCUGUUGGGGGCAAUGAGGGAGUGGCACAGGUGGUAGAGGUGGGCAGCCAGGUGAAGUCCCUCAAAACAGGAGACUGGGUUAUACCAAAAGAUGCUGGUCUAGGAACAUGGAGGACAGAGGCAGUGUUAGCUGAGGAGGAUGUCAUCUCACUACCCAAUAACAUUCCCUUGUUGUCUGCUGCUACACUUGGGGUGAAUCCCUGCACUGCCUUCAGGAUGCUGUCUGACUUUGAGGAUCUGAAGCCUGGUGAUUCUGUGAUUCAGAACGCAGCCAACAGUGGAGUUGGACAGGCAGUAAUACAGAUUGCUGCUGCAAGGGGAAUAAACACUAUCAACGUUGUGAGGGACAGACCAGAGUUCACACAGCUCAGCGAUAGGCUGAAGGCCAUAGGAGCGACUCAUGUGAUCAAAGAAGAAGCAUUGAGGCGGCCAGAGAUUAAGGAGCUGUUCAAGAGCUGCCCAAGGCCUAAACUGGCACUGAAUGGAGUCGGAGGAAAAAGUGCCACAGAACUUCUCCGUCAACUACAAUUAGGAGGAUCUAUGGUAACGUAUGGAGGGAUGGCCAAGCAGCCAGUUACUGUCCCUGUGAGUGCCCUUAUUUUUAAAGAUGUGAAAGUCAGAGGGUUUUGGGUCACUCAGUGGAAGAGAGACCACUCAACUGAUGGAGGUGCAUUUCGAGCCAUGCUGGAUGAACUGUGCAGCCUCAUCCAGCAGGGAAAGCUCACAGCUCCUGCCUGCACAGAGGUCAGCUUCCAAGACUUCACCAAAGCUCUGAACGCAGCCAUGCAGCCUUUCACUUCAGCUAAACAGGUCCUGAUCAUUUGAACAUGCUUAACUGAACACCACUCUGCCAUGACUGAGGUAUAUGAACUGACUUGUUACAGCAGGACUGCCUCUUUAUUGUAUACACUGCUCAAGCACAUGCUCAAUAAAUGUGUCCACACUGAA